AUGAACAAGGACAGGAAUUGGGAGGCUGAGAAGAUCUUGGAUCUGACCCUGGAGAUCAUCUACCUGCUGACUGGAGAGGUGAGGGAUUCUGGGUAAUGUCAUUAUGGAGAUCAUCUACCUGCUGACUGGAGAGGUGAGGGAUUCUGGGUAAUGUCAGUAUGGAGAUCAUCUACCUGCUGACUGGAGAGGUGAGGGAUUCUGGGGUAUUAUGGAGAUCAUCUAUCAUCUACCUGCUGACUGGAGAGGUGAGGGAUUCUGGGUAAUGUCAUUAUGGAGAUCAUCUACCUGCUGGCUGGAGAGGUGAGGGAUUCUGGGUAAUGUCAGUAUGGAGAUCAUCUACCUGCUGACUGGAGAGGUGAGGGAUUCUGGGUAAUGUCAUUAUGGAGAUCAUCUACCUGCUGACUGGAGAGGUGAGGGAUUCUGGGUAAUGUCAGUAUGGAGAUCAUCUACCUGCUGGCUGGAGAGGUGAGGGAUUCUGGGUAAUGUCAUUAUGGAGAUCAUCUACCUGCUGACUGGAGAGGUGAGGGAUUCUGGGUAAUGUCAUUAUGGAGAUCAUCUACCUGCUGACUGGAGAGGUGAGGGAUUCUGGGUAAUGUCAUUAUGGAGAUCAUCUACCUGCUGACUGGAGAGGUGAGGGAUUCUGGGUAAUGUCAUUAUGGAGAUCAUCUACCUGCUGACUGGAGAGGUGAGGGAUUCUGGGUAAUGUCACCAUGGAGAUCAUCUACCUGCUGACUGGAGAGGUGAGGGAUUCUGGGUAAUGUCAGUAUGGAGAUCAUCUACCUGCUGACUGGAGAGGUGAGGGAUUCUGGGUAAUGUCAUUAUGGAGAUCAUCUACCUGCUGACUGGAGAGGUGAGGGAUUCUGGGUAAUGUCAUUAUGGAGAUCAUCUACCUGCUGGCUGGAGAGGUGAGGGAUUCUGGGUAAUGUCAGUAUGGAGAUCAUCUACCUGCUGACUGGAGAGGUGAGGGAUUCUGGGUAAUGUCAUUAUGGAGAUCAUCUACCUGCUGACUGGAGAGGUGAGGGAUUCUGGGUAAUGUCAGUGUGGAGAUCAUCUACCUGCUGACUGGAGAGGUGAGGGAUUCUGGGUAAUGUCAUUAUGGAGAUCAUCUACCUGCUGACUGGAGAGGUGAGGGAUUCUGGGUAAUGUCAUUAUGGAGAUCAUCUACCUGCUGACUGGAGAGGUGAGGGAUUCUGGGUAAUGUCACUAUGGAGAUCAUCUACCUGCUGACUGGAGAGGUGAGGGAUUCUGGGUAAUGUCAUUAUGGAGAUCAUCUACCUGCUGACUGGAGAGGUGAGGGAUUCUGGGUAAUGUCAGUAUGGAGAUCAUCUACCUGCUGACUGGAGAGGUGAGGGAUUCUGGGUAAUGUCAGUAUGGAGAUCAUCUACCUGCUGACUGGAGAGGUGAGGGAUUCUGGGUAAUGUCAGUAUGGAGAUCAUCUACCUGCUGACUGGAGAGGUGAGGGAUUCUGGGUAAUGUCAUUAUGGAGAUCAUCUACCUGCUGACUGGAGAGGUGAGGGAUUCUGGGUAAUGUCACCAUGGAGAUCAUCUACCUGCUGACUGGAGAGGUGAGGGAUUCUGGGUAAUGUCACCAUGGAGAUCAUCUACCUGCUGGCUGGAGAGGUGAGGGAUUCUGGGUAAUGUCAUUAUGUCUGGGGGGGUACUGUUACGUCGCCCACUGGUCACACUUACCUGGGGAACAUACCCGCGCAGUGGUCGAAGACACUGCAAGGCAUACUAUUUUAAGGGACAGUGGAUGCCUAUCAGGAUAAUGAUGCAGACAUGCAUGUGUCAUCACGUUUACGUUACGCACACAUGUUCUGAUGUCAUGACAUGAUUCUACCUAUCACAGCCUCCCAAUAGGUAUUUCAUCUCCUAUUCUUCAAUGCUCUGCCGUGGUUUCCACUUGUCUGGUUAUUAGAGAGCUUGUUCUUAAAUAUUAUUCUUGUGUUUUGAUUUUUGCUUGGUUCUGACUAUUUCUUAUGCUGGUUUCCUUGACCCCUUGGCUUUGUUUAUUCGUUUUUUUUCUCUGUGUUCCUGACCUCGCCUUGUCUCUGACUAUACUUUUACGAUAAAGGAUCCCUAUAGGGUCAGGAACACAAACAUGUAUUCCUGACCCUAUAUAGUGUUAAACCACCAUCUAGCCCCCCUGGGCCCCUCAUGCCUCCAUAAAUAUAGCUUACUGUAUUCAAGCCUGAAGCUGUAGAUCUGCAUGUGGUUUGCCAAAGAAAAACAAGCUGUCUGCUGACAUCAUCAGAAGUGGUGGCCUGAUCCAAUCACAAUGCUUCCCCAUAGGAUUGAGACUGACAAGGAGGCAGAUCAAGGGCAGAGCCAGCACAAUUCAAACACAGCCCUGGCCAAUCAGCAUCUCCUCAUAGAGAUGAAUUGAAUCAAUGAAUCUCUAUGAGGAAAGUUCAAUGUCUGCAUACUGAGGGAGGAGAUACUGAAUGUUUGGAUGAAUUUUAGGCAGCCAUGAUCCAGGAAGGAUCGCUAACAGCCAUCCGAGGAGUGGCCAGUGAAGUUAUCACUAGGCUGUAAUAUAAACACUGCAUUUUCUCUGACAAUACAGUGUUUACAGCAAAAAGCCUGAAGGUGAUGAUUCUACUCACCAGAACAAAUUCAAUAAGCUGUAGUUGUUAUGGUGACUAUAGUGCCACUUGAAGUCCGUCCAUUCUUAGAUCUGAUAAUAUGUUUAUCAUUUUUAGAUUUUUUUCCCUCUGUGUGUUACUUAAUUCUGCGUGUUUAGCCACUAUAUAUUUUGACAUUCCGUAAACUGGAUGAACUACAAGCUUAGUGUUCAAUUACAAACCAAAAAUCAUUGUGCUCUCAGAGCAAUGGCUAACAACAAAAAUUCCUGGCUCUGCCAUUGCUAUUUAAUGUUAUUCAUGCUUAAGAAAUGACAGAGCAAUGACAGCAUUUUUAAUGUGGACAAGUCCAUAAAGUUCACCAUUUUAAAAAAAGAUAUCACUCCUCUGCCACCCUUGACUUUAUUUCUGGUACAGUCAAGACCCCCCGUUCAGUAAACUGAUCAUAAUUGCUGGAAUCUACCACCCACUUAGCUCUCCAGUGCAUUCCCUUGUAAGAAAUUAUGACCCUCUUACAAGGAUAUUCUUUUAGGGAAUGUGUGACAAAUAAGACACAAACACAAGUGUAUAAUAAUAUGUAUUGUAAAUAUUCACUUAAGGAUACUGUUAGAUUUUAAAAGGAUAUACACAAUAUACAUUAUAUCCGGUACAUAAUCAAAAGCUACAUAAUAAAAGGGCAAUACUUAAACAUUUAAAUGCAGGUCUUCCCCUUGUGCUUUCAUCUUGGGUAAUCUGGGACAGCCUCUCAGUUCACCAUGGCCCUGCUUACUGCGCUGUCCUCUCCAAAAAGACAAAGAGAGAGGUACUUCCUUGGAUGUUGUCCUUUUAAAGACUCAUUCUUGCUGUGAUAAACUCCCAGAAUCCUUUUUCCCUCCCAAAAGUGGUUUAUCCCGCCCUCUUUCUCCAGAGAGUUCUGUCUUUCCCUUUGAUCUCUUCCCUCCAGCCAUACUGUAACAUUGUGAAAGAAGUGACCAGUUAGGGUUGGUUUCUGGGUAGAUUGGAUGGCUCGGGAAAACACACACUUCCAUGGUUACACCUAGAUGUCUAUUACUCUGAUCUCCUGAUAACAUACAUGGAAUACUGGAGGGAUGUAAGCUUUUGUCUUAGCUGGGUGUUUAUAAAAUGCAACUGAAAGCUUCGAUCCUUAUCACACUGUUAUCAAGGAAAUGACCCCAACAUGUGAAACCAGUCACAUACACAGAACGUUAGCUACAAUAUUGCAGUUUUACAUAUCAAUUUCUUACACCCUUUGUGACAGUCCAGCUACUUGGUGAAAACAGAGCUCAAAACCAAAAAACUGAACUGUUGGUUUUUGGAGAUUUAAUAAUGAUUGGCUGAAUCCUCAAAAUAGCAAGUCAUGUUCGCUGUGAAAGACUUUGCACGCAAUUUCCACACACACAAAAAAACACUAACCAUACUUUACUAGAUUGGAUUCUCACCACUGGUCCUGAUAGACUUUAGGAGGCGGGUGUUCUCCCUAACCGUUUCAGUGACCACUAUCUAGUGUACUGCAUACACAAAAUAAAGGCCAUUAAAUCCCCUCCCGAUGUUAUAAUCACCAGGUCUUUCAAGAAAUCCUUUCUAAACGAUCUCAAGAACUUACCAUGAUUAUGUCUAAUUCCAGUUCUAGACUGUUCAAUUGAAUUCCGAGGUCUUGCAAGUUUGGAAUUUGCGUGCUCCGUUGCGUAAACUGCAAAUAAAAAGAGCACAUCCUGGGUUACAGCUGACCUCAUUCAAAUGUACUAGUUUAGAGAUUCAUUGUGGUCAAUGUUCAGGCGUUCUGCCUUCAAACAAUGGCGAAAUGCGUGUACAAAGCAAACAAAAAUGGCAAAGGCCACUAUUUCAGUGAAAAUCUGAACAACAUUUUAAACCCAAGAAACCUUUGGAAAUCACAAGUAACAUACAAACCCCCACACUCCACUCCCAACCCUACACUGUCAAAAUGGACUAUGCAACGCCCCCGAGAUAAAAUUAUUUAGUUGGAUGUGCCACCACUGUAAUUGCUAAGCUAAGGAAUGGCACACAUUCUCAGAUUACAAAUGCAGAUAAGGUCCUGAUAAAUUUGCAAGCACCUCAUAUAGAGAAAUGACAUUUUAGAUCUUUACUUGUUAGUGUCAUUAAUAAACAUCUUAAUGUAAAGAUGAAAAGCCCAGCAAUGUUGACGAAGCUCAGUGCGCCAGCAAUUGCUAACUCUGUCGCUACACUAAUCAAUGAAUCCCUGGUGUCUGAAUACAUACUCAAACUUUGGAAGACUGCGAGAGUAGUACCUAUCCAUAGAAGGGGUGACAACACUUUGGUACCUACCUACCAUUAUUGCUGUCUGUAAACAUAUUGGAGCAUGGAUAGGCAACCUUUUGUACCCCAGUGGUUGUGUGCUAUAUCUCUCAUAAUGACUAUACAAAGCAUCAGGAAAGGUGUGAUCCACAACAUCUGAGGUGCCAAAGGUUGCCUAUCCCUGUCUUAGAAUAUAGCAAUGUCUCCAAUAUCACUCAUUUAAGUAAAUCUAAACAUGCUACUUGAAAAGAAAAAAUGGUCACUAAUAUAUAAAUACCCAUCAAUGAGUAAUCUUUAUGUUUAAGGUAGUGGACAGAACCAAGAGACUUCAUUUCUAAAUAUGAGAGUACAGAAUGAGAGAAUGAGUUGAAAUGUGUCGGAGUAAAUUAUCUUGUUCUUAUUUGUGUCACUCUCAAAAUCUAGGAUCAUAUGGUUGUGAGAAAGACCGGUGUGAGCAGUCAGAUACCAAAAGCAUUCAGCAGAAUCCAGAGCCUGAGAACAGUGACUCCACCCAACUGUCCAGUAAAUGGCAGAAUCAAUGACCACAAGAUCCUGUAUCUCACCAACAGAAUCAUUGAGCUGCUGACUGGAGAGGUGAGGCUGCUGGGAAUGGGACAAUAAACAGUAAAAGCAAGGGAUGUGGCUGGAUGGUGACUGUAUCAUUGUGUGUAUCAGGUUCCUAUAAGGUGUGACGAUGUCACGGUCUAUUUCUCCAUGGAAGAAUGGGAGUAUAUAGAAGGACACAAACACCUCUACAAUGAAGUGGUAAUGGAGAACCACCAAUCACUCUGUUCACUGGGUAAGAUAAGGUUUGAUUAUGUGACUCUUUGUAAACGUGGUCAAUGCAUUAAACACAGGUGGGGAUUAGCUUCUUUAUUUUGAAGUAAGUUAACAAAUAUUAAUGUGCCUUUUCUUUUAAUAGAUAAAUGCGUACCUGUUGGAUUACUCACCUCUGAUUCGUUGGCUGGUUUUGGACCCAACUUUCAGGUUGGUUAUAAAACCUGGGGUGAAGGAAAAUCACUAAAAGUCAACAAACGUCUUUUUUGCAAAGACUUGAAUCUCAGAAGCACAGACAUUUUUACUCACAGAGAAUAUAGAGAGGCAGAAUAUUCAUCUACUCCUAGUAAAGAGGAAUCAGCCUCAUGUGAAGUAGGAAAUCUCACAGACUUUUCUAUACUCAUAGACCAUCCACCAACAGAUUAUUUACCGCUACAUAUUAAAGAAGAACCAGCUGUAUGCCAAGGGAAAACACGCUCAGAUCCUGACAGUUAUAUUCACACUGAACAGAUGGAAAAUACUCUUACUUAUAUUGAAGAUUGUCUAAAUUCAAAAACAAUAACUCCUGGCAAGUUCUUAAUCGAAUCUAGGAACAUUGGUAAAAAUUUUAAAUCAGGUAAAUGUCCGAUUACAUACAACACAGAGGAAAUACUGAACUCUACUGAUUGUCUGAAACAUUUUAAUAAGAACUCUGAGCUCAUCAAGCGUCAUUCAGCUGAUAACGAGUUUGUUGUAAAUGAGACAAAUGAGAAACUGAUCACAUUUUGUGGGAAGAAUUUUAAUCAGGUGUUAAAUGUUGCUAAACAACAGAAGACUCAUACAGGAGAGAAACCAUUCAAAUGCCCUGAAUGUGGAAGAUCUUAUACAUGGGCUUCACAACUUGCUUCACAUAGAAGGAAUCACACAGGAGAAAAACCAUUUAAAUGCACUGAGUGUGGUAAAUGUUAUAUUUGGGCCUCACAACUUGCUUCGCAUAAAAGGGUUCACACAGGAGAAAAACCAUUUAAAUGUGUUGAUUGCGGGAAAUGUUUUAACUUAAAGUAUGAUCUUAUGAGGCACCAAAGGAUUCACACAGGUGAAAAACCUUUUGCAUGUUCUGAAUGUGGGAAAUGUUUUAAUCAACACUCUAACCUUAGCAACCAUCAGAAGUUUCAUAAAGGCGAAAAACCAUUUAAAUGCACAGAAUGUGGAAAAUGUUUUAAAGUAAAACAAGAUCUUAUCAGACAUCUGAAGUUUCACACAGGGGAGAAACCAUUCUCAUGUACUGAAUGUGGUAAAUGUUUUACAUUGGCUUCUCAGCUUGCUUCUCAUAAAAGGAUUCACACAGGAGAAAAGCCAUUUAAAUGUACUGAAUGUGGGAAAUAUUUUAAUUUAAAGCAUGAUCUUGUGCGGCAUCAGAAGAUUCAUACAGGAGAAAAGCCAUUUUCAUGUUGUGAAUGUGGGAAAUGUUUUACCCAGGCCGCACAUCUUUCUAGACAUCGGAAGAUUCAUGUAGCAGAAAAACCUGUUUUGAUGCAUGGAAUGUGA